AUGAAUAAAUUUUUUGUGUUUUUUAUUUUUAUUUUAGGCUUAUUUAAUUCUAAUAAGAUAUUUUAUGAAAAAUAUUUUAAUAUCUCUGAAAAUGUUAAUAAAAAUAAUUAUUAUUUAAUCAGACGAUUAUGUGAAAUAUCUUCAAAUAUUGAUGAGAAAACUACCAAAACGUUACAAACACAUAUAAAGAGUCAUAUAAAUAAUGAAAAAGAUAAAGAUUUAGACACAAUAUCUAAUUAUGAUGUAAAGGAUAAAAAAUCUGAUUAUUUUCGUUUAUUAAAACAAGAAAUAAAUGAUGCAAAAUAUGAUUACAUCGAUCAUGUUAAUUUUAUGAAUAAUGGUUCACAUAGAAAUACUAUUAAAACGUUGAGAGGUAAAUUAGAAUUUUAUGAUAAUCUAUUUGUAGACAAAAUAUUAGAUUUUGAGAUUCAGAAUAAGCCUUCACCAUUGUUAGAUUUAUUCUUACUUUCAUUGUUUGAAAUUUUACACAUUUCGUGUCCCCCCGUCACAUUUAUAAUACCUGUAUACCUCAUUAAAAGAUUUUCAUUUCUUCAUCAGUUUGACACGGAUCAAAGUACACAAAAAGUUAUAAAAUAUGAGAAUUUAAAAUAA